AUGGAGACUAUCACCAACCUCGCCAGCACUGCUGCCACUACCGCCUCGAAGCUCAUCUACGGCGACCAGACCAAGACCGAGGAGGCGGUCGACCAGACCAAGAACAACGAAACUGCAGGCAAGGAGCCUAUCUCGGGCGAGCAGGGUGAGGGUACUGUUACUCAGCCCUAUGAUCAAGGCAACCUUGCAACCCCUCUAGCGACCGCAGACAACAAGGGAACCUUCCUUGACUACAAGAAUAACGAGACCGCGGGCAAGGAACCUGUGUCCGGUGAGCUGGGCAAGGGUACCGUGACGGAGCCUUUUGACCAGGGCAACGAUGCCAAGGCAACUGAGAAGGCAGCCGAGAAGACUUCCGGCUCAGAUGAGUUUCUGAAGCUAGACCCCACCACCAAAGGACCAACCGAAACUAAGACCGAGACAUCAACCGACCCCAAGGUCUACUCAGAUAGUGUAGACCCGUCCUACGUUGGCAUGCCCAUCGUUCCCCUCAACCCCGACUCUGCUACAUCCAACACUGGUGCCUCUUCGACGACUCAGAGUACUGCCAUCACAGACAAGGCUGGAGUUACCGACAAGAUUUGGAAGGAGACACCACUUGACGACAUCAGUCGUUCAGGUGCACCAGGUGCUGGUCCUACAGCUCCCGACUCUACGACAACAACCACAACCACCACCACCAGCCCCGAUCCCGUCAUCAAGACCUCCGCCCCCGACUCCGUGACAGGUGCUUCAAGCACAUACGUAGCUGGCGCCGGUGCGGAUGCCGCUGAGAACCGCGACACUCCAGGCUGGACAUCGACGGGCGUUCCUUCCGACAGCAGCAACUUCGACGCAGCUACCGCUAAGCAAAACGCUGCCUCUGGUGGAUCAGAGUCCAAGGGUUUGUGGACACGGCAACCUGGACAUAGUCAGGGUAGUACUGACGGUGCUGCAGGUUUGGCUGGAGAGCAUGUAGGUCGCAAGUCUGAGUCUGCCGACUUGACCUCAUCUCCGAGCAACGAAGAGAAGGGUGGCAAGAUGUCGCACUUGAAGGAGAAGAUGAAGAACAAGCUUCACAUCGGUUCCAAGGACAAAUAG